AUGGUUAUGACACCCCAAUGGCCCCUGCCGGACCGCUUCGACUUCGCCUUCACCAAGUUCCGGAAUUUGGCGGGCGGGGAGCACGUGGGGUUCAACAACGCCGUGUUCCUGUCGGAGAGACAGGCGGCCGACCGCAACUUCGCCCUGGCCUACUUCAUGCGCGAGAACGACUGCUUCCCCACCGCCUGCAGCAUGGAAGAUACUCUGGACUUCUACUUCCAGCUGUGCUCGCUGGAGGCCACCUGUGAGUCGGCGGCGGUGAUGGCCGCCACGCUGGCCAACGGCGGUAUCUGCCCGCUUACCGAGGAGCCGGUGCUGGACCCGGCGGCGGUUCGCAACACACUCUGCCUCAUGUUCAGCUGCGGCAUGUACGACUACAGCGGUCAGUUCGCAUUCAAGUGUGGAGUACCGGCCAAGUCGGGCAUCUCUGGAGUGGUGCUGGUUGUGGUGCCCAAUGUGAUGGGCAUCGCACUCUAUUCGCCUCCUCUGGACGCCUCGGGCAACUCGGUUCGUGGCGUGCGCUUCUGCAAGGAGCUGGUGGAGCAUUUCAACUUUCACCAGUUCGACAACGACGCCAGCGAUGGGGAGAAGUUGGACCCUCGCACGACGCUGGCCGAGAAGAGGGCAGACUUGGUGCAGAGGCUGAUGUUCGCUGCCUCGGCUGGAGACACCACUGCCCUCAGACGUUUCAGACUGCUGGAGAUAGACCUGAGCGUGACUGACUACGACGAGAGAACUGCGCUGCAUCUGGCGGCGGCCGAAGGCAGGCUCAAGGCGGUCAAGUUCCUGCUCGACACCUGCCAACAGAAGGUGGACCCCAAGGACCGCUGGGGACGAACGCCUCUGGACGACGCCAUCUACAGCGGAAAAACAGAGGUCGUCCGCGUGCUUCUGAAGCGAUACAAAAAGCUGAACCUGCCGCACCCGAUGCUUACCGCGGCAGCCGGCACUGCGACCGCCGUGGAGUCCCCCCUGAACGUGCUGGUCGCGCUGCAGGAAGCAUAUCUCCAGCCGCAGCAGACCGGCGGUCCAGGCGGCCGCGAGGGAGAACGCGCCGGUGUCGGCACGGAGAACCGCGCCGGUGACGUCACCAGCUCCGGCAUCCACCAAUCACAGGCCGAUCCUGAGCACCGGGCUGCCUCUGCCAUCCUACCAGCGGCAGCGCGCCCCCACCAGCCGACAAUCGCAACGGAAAUGGGGGUGGAGCGUGCGGCAAAGCACCCCACCGGAGACGUGCCCGACUUGACCCCCCAGCAGGCUCCGUCUGAGCGCCCUGAUGACCCGGUGCCGGCGUCCGGGGACACCGGCCGGCUUGUGACCGAGACCGCGGUGGCUACAGACGGCGGUCAUUCCCCGAGGGCAGAGCGCUGAGGAGGGCUCAAAUAGAGACCAUCCGCAAGCGGUGGCGUCACCUCCUGAAGCAGCAGCUUGAGCAACAGAUGAGCGGCGUCACCAGCUGAAGCAACAGCUUGAGCAACAGCUGAACGGCGUCACCAGCUGAACAUCGUCAAACAGCUGAGCAGCCUCAGCGUAACGGCGAGGGCACCGGAUCUGCAGCGCUUUUUUCGUGAACGGAAUGUAGCUGGGAACGUGACAGAGAAUGUUUUGGAACUUGUGGGAAAACGUUAAGAGUUGUAUUACCCUGUGGAAGAUACUGGAAAUUUUCUGUCCCGAGUUCUGAACUGUUGUGUGCUUGGUCGAAACAAUUAGGCAGUUUUUCUUUGAACCUCCCACAGAAGUGAAAGGUGAAUGGCACUGGAAGGGGUCUCAGCCCCUUUCCUGAAGGCAACACUCGGCCUGACCUAAGAGAGCUCACCUUUCCGGACCUAAGAGGGCUGCGCCCUUCUUGCCUGUAGAUCUGACUGCGUCCGACAAAAGGGAUCGCCAUGGCUGGACCGCGAGGGUAAGCCCGCGCCUUAGUCGCGGCGUUCUUGAAGAAGAACUUGCUGCUGCUGAUCUGUGGACUCGUCAGACCUCUGUGGAAGACAGGUCGGCUGCAGGCACGGCUUCGUAAUGUGCACUCGCAAUAUAAUGACGAGCUUGUCAUGUCCCCUGCUGCUGGGUAGUCUUAAUGU